AUGGAGGGGCUAUUGUUCAAUGUCAAUGGUGGUUAUCUCGAAGGAGUCGUGCGCGGAUAUCGAAAUGCGCUGCUGACAACGACUAACUACAGCAAUCUCACGCAAUGUGAUACCAUUGACGAUGUCAAGACACAACUCGGCCCAGCUUAUGGCGAAACGCUCUCGUCCCUACCUCCAAACCCCUCCACAUCUGCCCUCGCAGCCAAAGCCACAGAGAAGCUUGUCGCAGAUUUCAGAUACCUGCAAGGUCAGGCGACGGGAUCGUUAUCCAAGUUCAUGGAAUACCUCACAUACUCUUACAUGAUUGACAACGUAGCGCUCCUCAUCACUGGCACACUUCACGAGAGAGACACGAAAGAACUUCUAGAGCGAUGUCACCCACUGGGUUGGUUUGAGACGAUGCCUGUCCUUUGCGUGGCGACCAAUAUUGAAGAAUUGUACAACUCUGUUCUUAUCGAGACCCCCCUGGCUCCCUAUUUCAAAGGAAGUCUCAGCCACCAGGACUUGGACGAGCUCAACAUCGAAAUUGUCAGAAACACGCUUUACAAGAACUACCUGGAAGACUUUUACAACUUCGUCAAUACUGACCCUGAGCUGGCCAUGACGCCUACUGGCGAGAUUAUGUCGGAUAUCCUUGAAUUCGAGGCAGACCGACGAGCCAUCAAUAUCACUAUCAACUCCUUCGGCACAGAGCUGACCAAAGAUCAACGCAAGAAGCUCUAUCCUGAAUUCGGCAAGUUGUAUCCUGAGGGAAUGUUGAUGCUCUCCAGGGCAGAUGACCUGGAGGGUGUUGGUCUUGCCGUGAGCGGGGUGGGUGAUUACAAAAGAUUCUUUGACGAAGUUGGCUUCAACCAGGGUGGGACUGGUGGAGGCAACAUGUCUGGAGGCAUGGGAGGCGACUCGAAGUCGCUGGAGGAUAUGUUCUACCAAAAGGAAAUGGAACUGUCCAAGAUGGUCUUCACAAGACAGUUCACCCACGCCGUCAUAUAUGCUUGGGUUAAGCUGAGAGAACAGGAAAUCCGCAAUAUCACCUGGAUUGCUGAGUGCAUCGCUCAGAACCAAAAAGAACGCAUAGGCAACUAUAUAAGUGUAUUCUGA